UUUUCAAUAAUAGUCGCAUCAUGUACAGCAGCAACCAAAGAAGCAUUGCGUUGCUCUACUUGUCUUUAAAACGACAACCGUUUUUUAGGAAAAAAAAAAAAGGAGGGGAAGAAGUAGAAACGGCACGGCGUUUUAGAAUUCAAAAGGAAAAAAAAAAAAAGGAAAAUAAAGACGGAGACAGUGUCGCCAAAACGCGAAAAGGACUCGCCUUGCCACCGAACAAGGAAGCAGCUCAACAUCACUCACUCCCAUUUUUCUGUACCUUCGAUCAGUCUAUUCAUCUAUAGUUGUCAUUUCACAAAUUUUUUGAUCUUUCGUGGUGAAAAGAAGUAAAAAUAAGAAUUGGGUUUUGAUCAGUUUGCAAUAAGAGUUGGAUUUGCUAAUGGGUGAUUACGAGGUUCCAGAUUUUAUUACUGAUCUUCCUUCGAGUAUUAUAGAAAGUAUUUUAACCCGAUUACCUAUUAGAGAUGCUGUGAAAACAAGUAUAUUAUCUACCAAGUGGAGAUAUAGGUGGGCUACCCUUACCCAUCUUGUUUUUGAUGAUAAAUGUGUUGCAAUGUAUUGCGAUAAAGGGGUUCUUGAGAGUAGACUCGUCAAAUUUAUCUCUCGCGCCCUCUUUCUUCACCAAGGACCCAUUCAUAAGUUCCAACUUUCUACUUCGUAUUUGCAGUGUUGUCCUGAUAUUGAUCAGUGGUUACUUUUUCUCUCGCGGUCUGAUAUUAAAGAAUUGGUUCUUGAAUUAGGUGAAGGAGAGUGGUUUAGGGUUCCUUCAUGUCUUUUUAAUUGUAAAAAAUUGACUCGGUUGGAGUUAACUCGUUGCGAAUUUGAUCCACCUCCUAAUUUUAAAGGAUUCUUGUGUUUGAAAAGCCUCAAUCUUUAUCAAGUUUUGGUUGCUCCUGAGGCAAUUGAGAGUCUCAUUUCUGGUUGCCCUCUUCUUGAGAGUCUUUCAUUAUCGUAUUUUGAUAGUUUAGUUCUUAACGUCCGCGCUCCAAAUUUGAAGUACUUGUGUUUGGAGGGUGAAUUCAAGGAUAUUUGUCUUGAAAAUACUCCACUUUUAGUUGCCAUGUCUAUUGCUAUGUAUAUGACUGAAGACAUUGCUGAACACUUUGAGCAAAGUUCGAGUUGCAAUUUUAUCAAGUUUCUUGGUGGGGUGCCUCGCCUUGAGAGGCUUAUUGGGCAUAUCUACUUCACAAAGUAUUUGAGCAUAGGUGAUUAUCCAGGAAGACAUCCAAUUACUUACAGCUGCCUAAAAGUAAUUGAACUAUAUCAAGUUAGUUUCGAAGAUAUGAAAGAGAUACAUGUUGUUCUUCGGUUGAUCACUAACUCUCCUAAUCUGAAGGAACUUCAAAUUUCAGGCUCCUCAAACACUCUAGCUGCUGUAGAAGCACCUGAUUUGGAUUUUUGGUUAAAAGAGUGCCCAAGAAAUUGUACUUUUGAAAAGCUUGGAGUAGUGAAGCUGACAGAUAUGUCAGGUGUGCCACAGGAGAUGGAAUUUAUCAAAUUCUUGCUUGCCAAUUCGCCUGUGCUUGAGAUGAUGAGUAUCACUCCUUGUGUAUACGUUAUGGAUGGAAGAGUGAAUAUGCUGGUUGAGUUAUUGAAGUUUCGCAGAUCUUCUGCUCAAGCUGAAAUUUUAUUCAUCCAAGAUUAAGUAUUGUGUAUUUUCGAGUAAAGUUCCUUCCAGUUGCUUUUGUUUAUAUCAGUUAAUUGAAAAAUGAGAGAACAUCAAUAAUGCUUACAAGAUUGUACAUGGUUCAGACAUACUUUGUCAUGGAUGCGUAGCUAAGUAUCCAAAUAUUGAAUAUUUUAGCUAAAACAACAAACGAAACAUUUUAUA